AUGACGGUGUCGAUAGAGAUGACCAUCAUGAUGGUGAUGACAGAGGUGACGAUGACAAUGUUGAUAGUUCAUUUGUUGUAUGACGAUGAUAUACAUGACGCUAUUGUUGAAUAUUAUAUAUACAUGUAUUACGAUUAUAAAGAAGAUGAUAAAGAUUACGAUGGUGAUGAAGACGAUAGAGAUUACGAUGGUGAUGAAGAAGAUAGAGAUGAGGAUGGUGAUGAAGACGAUAGAGAUGACGAUGGUGAUGAAGAUGAUAGAGAUCAGGAUGAAGAUGAAUAUGAAAGAGAUUAUGAUGCUGCUGUAGAUAAAAGAGAUGAGGAUGGUGAUGAAGAUGAUAGAGAUGAGGAUGUUGAUGAAGAUGAUUAA